GACGUAACGUCGGGUUGAAGGGAGAGCGCGGGGAGGGUUUUGCGGUUUAGCUCUGCAAACGCGGGUUAAGUUAUCAACAUGAGCCUCUGGGUGGACAAGUACCGGCCGACGUCCCUAAGCAAACUGGACUACCACAGGGAACAAGCCAGUCAGCUCCGUAAUCUUGUGCAGUGUGGCGACUUCCCUCAUUUACUGGUAUAUGGGCCUUCAGGCUCAGGAAAGAAGACCAGGAUAAUGUGUUUGCUUCGUGAGCUUUAUGGUGUGGGAAUAGAGAAGCUAAGAAUUGAACAUCAAACAAUUACAACACCAUCUAAAAAGAAGCUGGAAAUAAGCACAAUAGCAAGCAAUUAUCACCUUGAAGUGAAUGCAAGUGAUGCUGGGAACAGUGACCGAGUGGUUAUUCAAGAGCUAAUUAAAACAGUGGCACAGUCUCAACAACUUGAGACAAGUACACAGAGAGACUUCAAAGUUGUAUUACUAACAGAAGUUGACAGACUAACAAAGGAUGCCCAACAUGCGUUGAGGCGGACAAUGGAGAAGUACAUGUCUACAUGCAGAUUAAUUCUUUGCUGUAACUCAACAUCAAAAGUUAUUCCUCCUAUUCGUAGCCGAUGUCUUGCAGUCCGUGUCUCUGCACCUAGCAUUGAGGAAAUUUGUCAUGUUCUAAGUGGAGUUUGCAAGAAAGAAGGCCUCAUACUUCCUCAGGAAUUGGCUCGGAAUAUUGCUGAAAAAUCUGAUCGGAACCUGAGGAAAGCAUUGCUUAUGUGUGAAGCUUGCAGGGUCCAACAAUAUCCAUUUUCAGCCGAACAGGACAUUCCUGAGACAGACUGGGAAAUAUAUCUUAGAGAAACGGCAAAUGCCAUUGUCAGCCAGCAAACACCACAAAGGCUGCUGGAAGUCCGUGGACGUUUGUAUGAGCUACUGACCCACUGCAUACCUCCUGAGAUAAUAAUGAAGGGGCUCUUAUUAGAGUUGUUAAACAACUGUGAUGGUUUACUUAAAGGGGAGGUUGCCCAGAUGGCUGCUUAUUAUGAACAUCGUCUACAGCUUGGCAACAAGGCCAUCUAUCACCUGGAAGCAUUUGUGGCUAAAUUUAUGGCCAUUUAUAAACAAUUCAUGGAAGAUGGUAUGGAAGCCAUGAUAUUCUAAUAAAUAUUCUGUUUCAAGAUGUUUUUCAGCUUUGAAAGAAUGUGAAUAUAACUGGAUGAGUCUUUAUAUGCUUUAGAAUCUAAUCUGAUACUUGUAAUACUCUUAUAAUUUACUCGGAAUAAACCUAGCCAAGUUUUGCACAAGCCCCUUUGUCCCAAAAUAGCAAUACACAACCUGAUAGGCUGUAAAUAAUUGCCUGAAUACAUAAUUAAAAGGAUUAAUAUUAAUGAAAAUCCAUUUGUGUUUACUUUGAUUUCGUUAUUUUCAACUAAAUGUAAUUGCUUUGCUUUUGGAAUUAGUUUGUAAGAUAAUGGAGGAAAAGGGAACAGAAGCAGAUUGGAAGAGAAAAACUUAGUGUAUUCUGUUCUGUCUAAUUUGGAAAAGUUUGUACUUCUAAACACAUGAAGUAUGUUUCUGAAGUUAAGUAUAACUAUGAUUUUUAAUGGAUAAUUGAUGUAUUUGUAUCCUGUAUGUUGACCAAUAGAGAAUUGGAUAUUCUUAGUCAAUUUUACAAAAAAUCUCAAAAAUAAUUUGCAUUGAGUCACUAGAAAAGAAUUUGGUACCAAACGAAUGGGAAUUUUGUAAUCAAUAUGAAUGGUGAUCUUUUUGCAAAUCUUUAUUUGUUCAUUGGAUUUCAAAAUUCUUCACAGAAGUGAAGAUAAAAUUUGUCGUACUUUGGAUUGAACACAACUUUAAAUUGAAUUAAUUUGCACUUGUAACAAAACUUCUCUGUUGUACUUCUUUUCCCCCCAUCUAUCCUUAACCUUGUCAAGGAAGAAUAUUCUUGAUUAUUAUUAAGAAUACUUCCAUACUUUUCUAAAUGUUGCUUUUGGACUAUCUUCAAUCAUAUUUAUAUUAAUGCAAACUGAUUUUUUUUGUUCCUGAGUUACCUUGCUGUAGAUGCUGGCUGUUUCAGGCCUUUAUUUACCUCAAGGGGCUUACAGAAUCUAAUAUUCAAACUAAGCAUUUUUAUUUGUUUAAUAUACUUCUGCAAUUAAAAGACUAAUAUAA